AACCUCACUAGGGGGUGAAAAAUUGGUUUCGGUGUCGCGAAAUAGAAUUUUCCAUCCACUCUCACCCCGAAAGUUUUUCCGAUCCCUUCUGGAAAUGCAAUAAAUAAAUGAAGGAAUGAACAUCUCACAUAAUACACUAAUCAGUGAAAGUUGUGUAUUACUCAGUGACAGUGAAAUAGUGAAUUCGUUCGGGGACUUAUAUUAUGAGCAUUCAACUGGAAACCAAAGGAAUGUUUGAACUUGGACGGAGUGGAAUUCUCCAACGGAACCUGUGGAUCUCAAACUUUGAAUAUCAUUUUUAAAUGAUAAACUGGAGAUAAACUAGAAUAGAAUUCAAGAAUCAUGUCUCAAGUGGAUGUUCCCCUUGUUUUACCUUCGAUUAACAACAACAACUUUAAUAAUAACAAUAAUAAUAUAAAUAAUAAUAACAUAAACAAUAAUAAUAAUAAUAUUAAUAUUAACAAUAAUAACAACAACAACAACAACAACAAUAAUAAUAAUAAUAAUAAUAAUAAUAAUAAUAACCAAAACGGGGGAACGGAUAAUAAUCACAGCUUGGCAGGAGCCAUUGCGCCAGGAUUGAUAAAUCGAGCACGCAAUAAUAACAAUCAAAAUGCACUCUAUCACAUGAGAGACAGGCUAUUCCACGCGCUUUUCAUCAAAGCCGCGCUGGGAUACGCUAAAACAUUUCCAAAGCCCGUCAGGAGGUUUAUAGAAUUUGUAGUUUUGUUAAAGGCAAUAAUGGCAUUUUUUGUCAUGGCAUACAUACAUAUAGUAUUCUCUCGAGCACCGACGAAUUGUUUGGAGCACGUGAGAGACGAAUGGCCUAGAGAUGGAAUUUUGAGAGUCGAAAUUUUGAGAAACGCUGGCGAAGACUAUAGCAUAGAAAAAAGUUACGCGAAAGAGGAGAAAUUGCGGCAAGAAAAAGGAGACGAUUUGACCAGUGUGCUGGGCAUAUUAGCUAGAGAUGGAUUUAUAAAUAUUGAACCAUCAGCUGUAGAUGAGGAACGCGUCAUUGCGGAGAACGAUAAUGGUCGGCAAAAUUUUUCAUUUGUGGGGGAAUCCGUUCAAGAAUCUACUUUCGCUGAAACCCUACCAAGUUCAAAUGUGGAAAUGACUAAUGCGAGCACGAGUCGACCAUUACCUACGAACUUGUGGGAUAAUUUGAUUACCGAUUCAUCAGAUACAUCUGAAGUUACUAUAUCGACGAGCUUGAAUACUACAGAAAAAAAUUCCAGUACGGACGUGCAUAACAAGGAAAGUGUUGCGCAAACUCUGAAAUCCCAGGUGCCUGAAGUGGAAAAAUUGGUGACAGCAGUUUUUCCAGAAGAUGAAUAUAUUGUGGAAUAUUCUCUCGAAUACGGUUUCCUCCGCUUAUCUCCGGCGAUUCGUCAAAAGCUCAACAUACCUGUGAAAAUAGUUACACUGGAUCCACUGAAUGACAAGUGCUUUGGAGAUGCCUUUUCCAGAUUGAUUCUGGAUGAACUCCUUGGAUACGACGAUCUCCUCAUGGCGAGUAUCAAAACGUUAGCUGAGCAUGAGGAUAAUAAAGGAUUCUUACGAAAUGUUGUCACUGGUGAGCACUAUCGUUUUGUGAGUAUGUGGAUGGCCAGAACUUCAUAUGUUGCCGCUUUCUUCAUUAUGCUCGUAUUUACGGUCUCUAUCUCAAUGUUACUGCGUUACUCACAUCACCAGAUCUUCGUAUUCAUCGUCGACUUAUUCCAAAUGUUAGAAUUCAACGUAACAGCAUCCUUUCCAGCAGCAUCAUUGCUAGUAGUUAUACUAGCGCUGGUUGGCAUGGAAACCAUAAUGUCGGAAUUCUUCAAUGAUACAACAACUGCUUUUUACAUUAUUUUAAUAGUUUGGAUCGCGGAUCAGUAUGAUGUAAUUUGCUGCCAUACUCCGAUUACAAAGAGGCACUGGUUGAGAUUCUUCUAUCUCUACCAUUUUUCAUUCUACGCGUAUCAUUAUCGCUUCAACGGCCAGUAUAGCAGUCUCGCUCUAGUUACUUCUUGGUUGUUUAUCCAGCACUCGAUGCUUUAUUUUUUCCACCAUUAUGAGCUCCCGGUGAUUCUGCAGCAAGCUCAGCUCCAGCAAAUCUUGUUACGCAACCACACUCCAGCCACAGUACAACCAUCAACUCCCAGUACUUCCGCAACCACACCGGGUCCAACACCGACUUCUACACCAUCUGGAAGUCCAUCAACUCCAACCAAUGAACAGACCCAACAGAACUACAUCAGUGAACUGUCUCAACUAGAUCUUAACUCCGACAAUCCUGAAGGAGAAAUGCGAGCAACAUCUACCGCUUCAACUAGCAGUGAAGUCCGGUCGACAUCAGAAAGUGAUGAAAAUCAAGCUGUCAAAUUAAAUGUACAAGAUGAAUCUAUCUCCCCAGACCAAGAUGUAGAGGAAACUAAUUCCCGUGAUCCUGAGGUAUCAGAACUCACUAAUGAAAAAGAAGAUUCGAAAUCCAGUGGCUCCAGCUCCAACGAACCCUCGACUUCAGAGGAAUAUGAAGUUAUUGACCCAUCCAGUGUAAUUUCGACAAAUGUCUCUCCAGCAUCAGAAAUUGUGAAUAAUUGAAACGAAUUACAUUUUAAAAAAUUAA